CAUCACCACUUUGGACGUCGCGCCAAUCCUCUUCCGUCCCGGGGAUGACUGCCUUCUCGGGGAUGACUUCCCUCUCGGAGAUGGCUACCCUCUCGGCUACGGUACCUACACUGGAUCAGAUGUUUGCUCUCCAAAGCCUGGACGGAACUUGUCUCAGUACUAGUCUCUGCCCUUUCUGGCACUUCAAUCAAUGACUUCCCAAUGAUGCGUGCCAAGGGCAUUCCCCGGAUCCCCAGAACGUCGGUUUGGGCACGCGGUGAAAGGGAAGCAUUCAUCGAUGUCUAUAAAAGCAUUCACAUUCUCACCGUGAACUGACCCACGUUUCCAAUCAUGUCCUGCCCAAUCCAGUCCUCUCUCUGGCUCCAUUCACUAAACCCCUGGACAUACAAAUCCCACCAUGUUCAAGUUGAGUCCGUACACGACAACCAUGGGGUUGAGCGGGCUGCCGCUCAACUUUGCGGUCGCCGGCAUUGCUGCCAUGGCCUUCUGGCUGUUUGGGUACGACAUGUCAGUAAUGGGUGGUGUCAUCACCGAGAGCCCAUUCACCUCCGUCUUUCCCUCGAUGGAAGACCCAAACAUCCAGGGCAUUGUCAUUGCUGCCUUUGAACUCGGGGCCUUGGUCGGAGCCCUGGCAUGUCUCGACAUUGGUGAUCGCCUGGGGAGACGGUCAACUGUCUGGUUCGGCAUGCUUUUCAUGUUGGUCGGCGGUAUUCUUCAAUGCGCUGCCUGGCACGUCGGUCAGCUAGCCACUGGACGUGUCAUCAGCGGUAUUGGUCUCGGUCUACAGGUUGCUACCGUGCCGUCGUGGCAAGCCGAGUGUGCGAAGCCGCAUAGUAGAGGACGAUGGGUGAUGAUCGAGGGCGGCCUUCAAACUUUCGGCGUUGCUUGUGGACAAUUAAUCGGAUACGGCUUCUUCUUUGUCAAAGGACAAGCGCAAUGGCGUGUGCCAGUCGGCAUUCAGCUCAUCCCAGCCUUCAUCGUCUUCAUCUUUAUCAACUUCCUCCCCGAGUCUCCCAGAUGGCUCAUCAAGCACGGAAGGAUUGACGAGGCCACCCACAACCUCGCCAAACUUCGCGGUCUCUCCCCCGACGACCCACUCCUCCUCGCCGAGCGCGACGCCAUCAUCGCCUCCUACGAAGCCCAAUCCCAAAUGGCCGUCUUCUCCUACAAGGAGCUCUUCGACAACGGCCCCACCAAGACUCUCUACCGCGUCGCCAUCGGCACCUUCUUCCAAGCCGCCCAGCAGUUGUCAGGUAUCAACAUGGUCUCCACCUACGCCAACAAGAUCCUCCAAGAGUCCUUCAAUUUGUCUCCCAGCAUGUCGCACCUCAUCGCCGCCAUGGGCGGUCUCGAAUACGCUUUGUGCUCGCUCCUCUCCGUGUUGCUUAUCGAGGGUCUCGGUCGCCGUCGGUCCUUCAUGAUCACCGCGGCGGGCAUGGCCGUUUGCUUCGCCAUCAUUGCCGGGCUGACUAGCACCGCUGAUAGGACGUGUCAGCUUGUGGCUGCGGGAUUCCUCUUUCUCUUUAACACGUUCUUUGGUCUCGCCUGGGUUGGCGGACCGUUCCUCUACAGUGCGGAGAUUGCACCUUUGCGAUGCCGCUCGCAGGCCAAUGCCAUCGCUAGCGCUGGUAACUGGUUGUUUUGCUUUAUCGUCGUCAUGAUCAUCCCCCCUGCUUUGGCGAACAUUGGGUGGAAGACUUACAUCAUCUUCGCCGUCUUCAACUUCCUCUUCGUCCCUAUUAUUUACUUCUUCUGUGUCGAGACCAAGAAACGCUCGCUGGAGGAACUCGACGUCAUUUUCGCGGCGGGCGGAAACCCCGUCAGGCAGGAGAAGAGCAUGCCGCAUAACUUGUCCAUCGAGGAGUCCAGGCGCGUUCUCGGUCUGGGUGACCGUACUGCCGAUGUGGUAGUGGACGUCUUUGAGCACGAUAGCAGCAAGUCGGAGAAGGAGGCUGUUUAAGAGAAGAAGCGGAAUGAGCAUAACUUGGACAAAACGAGCCUGGCAUGUGACUGGAUAGGGCGCUAGGAUGUGUAUCAUAUUUUAUUGGAAUACUUUACUGGACUAGGAUCUU